UUCCUCUCCACCGCAUCACUUCACUUGGUCAGCAGGCUGCACGCACCGUCUCACACACCGGGAAUGGGAUCAUCACUGGAUUCAAAGAAAAACUUCCAGUUCUUUCGAUUCUACACUUUGCAGAAGUUGCUCUUCAAGCUGCAGGGAUAGUUGUUGCUGCAGGUGGGGGCUGACAGUGGCACAGACUGAGUCACAACUUCAGGAGUUUGUGGUUUCCAGGGAGUUUUGGAUUUAGGAAUCCGCGCAGGUUUGUUAACAGCUGGCUCUACAUUCAAACGUCACGAUAGCCAAAAAGUAGCCAAAUAACUGUGCGUAAAGUUGGUGGCAUUGAGGUUAGUUUGACAAUAGGUAGCCAAAUAACUGUGCGUAAAGUUGGUGGCAUUGAGGUUAGUUUGACAAAAAGUAACCAAAUAACUGUGCGUAAAGUUGGAGAUAAGGUUAGUCUGACAAAAAGUAGCUAAAUAACUGUGCGUAAAGUUGGUGGCAUUAAGGUUAGUUUGACCAAAAGAAGCCAAAUAACUGUGCGUAAAGUUGGAGAUAAGGUUAGUUUGACAAAAAGUAGAUAAAUAACUGUGCGUAAAGUUGUUUGUGUUGAUAUAUUACAACCUUAUUUUAUUCAACAAGUGUUAAUUUAACCCCAGUCAUGGCAAAAUGGUUCAGGGAUUUCCCCAUAAACCUGAAAAACGGAAACGAAAGGGUCCGCUCGGCCUCUGAAUCCGGUCCGCAAACUCGACCCAAACCCAAUUUUUCUCGGGAUAGCUUGAAAGGAAAUCAGCGUAAAGAUGGAGGAGUUGGGAGUUUGCUGACUGGGCGAAACAGGAAAAAUUCGGCCACUGAGCUGGGUCGCAACAACAGUGGUUAUGGUGGGACAGUUUGGGACAGUCUGACCAAUGGAAAAAGUCGCAAAAACUCCAAGGUCGAGGCUGGAGCCCCUGAUGAAAACCGCCAGGUGAAGUCUUCGAGCCUGGCGCAGGCGUACAUCAGCAGGAUGAUUAAAGUGGACAAACAGGACAAGACGCCUAAAGUGAAUGGGGGGACUGAACAGAAGCUGCCUGACAAUGACAAGGGAAAGGCAGACAUUAAAACUGCGCUGAUAAUCCUGGAGGACUAUGCAGACCCAUUUGAUGCUGAGAAAACCAAGGAGCAGAGAGAGGCUGAAAGAGCAGGGGUCAAUGAUGGGUACAUGGAGCCAUAUGAUGCUCAGGUUAUAAUCACAGAUGUCCGCCGCCGAGGCUCCAAAGACCUCCUGAAAGUCUGUGUACUCUUGGACAAAGGUCAGAGAGAGGUGAAGGGGGGAGAGGAGGGAACACAGUCUCCACCAAACAUUUAUGACACCCCCUACGAAGGCGGGCUGGAGGGCCACAGCGAGGGAGUGUGGAUCCCUGUCACACGACCAGAAUCUGAUGUCCGUCCGGCUGGGGAGUACGAGCUGCCAUGGGAGUGGAGAAAGGAGGACAUCGUCAGAGCAUUGUCAGCUCAGUUUGAGACUGUAGAUUGUUCACUUGGUAAAGAGAACACUUCAACCUCCGGCCGUCAGCAGCAGCAAACCCUCAGGCAGAGGAACUGGACCAACAAGGCUCUCGUCUCCACCUCAUCAUCAGCAUCCUCUUCUUUGUCCUUCCCAUCCUCUCCAAUUCUCAAACUCUCCCCUCUCACAUCCUCGCCUCUUUCUUAUCCCCCUCUGAAGCUCUCACAAUCCUCACCGUCAUCCAGCCCGACUAAGCUCUCCCCUUCAUCCCCAUCUUCUCCCAACACACCACUGGAUGGGGAGAUGGCGAAGGUGGACUCAAGCCUGCCUCUGGAAAAACAGUGCUGGUACCAUGGCAGCGUGAGCCGACAGCAGGCUGAGGCUCAGCUGCAGCGCUGCAGGGACGCCAGCUUCUUGGUGAGAGACAGCGAAUCAGGAACCAGCAAAUACUCCAUCGCUCUGAAGACCAGUCAGAGUUGCGUCCACAUCAUUGUAGCCCAGACUAAAAGUAGCAAAGGCUUGGGCUACACGCUGGACCAGAGCAGCUGUGUCUUCCCCAGCAUCCCUGAGCUGGUCUGCCACUACUGCACACACAGACUGCCAUUCACAGGAGCACAGCACAUGACCCUGCAGCAUCCAGUACCCAGGUCGCACUGAAUAUGCAUGAAGAACAGACACAUUGCGUCAGGCUCAAAAAUGCACAAAGACACACCACAUACACAGGCACAAAUGUGCACAAACACACUUGACACACACAGGCUCAAAUGGGCUGAAAAAAAAUUAAUAAACCUAACACUCAACUGCACACAGAAGAUAUACUUUGGAAGACCAGUAGGUUCAUAAUAUCUCUUUUGUGUGCCCCCUAGUGGUCAUUAUUGGACACUGUAGUAAAUUGAGACAGCGUUUGACUUUUGCCAGGAGAUUAAGCAAAAACACACGCCUUACAUGCAGCUGCAUGUAUGACUAUAAUGAAAUAAAAACACGUGCUGUUUUAUCCCAAGAUUGAAUAUUUAGUAUAACAAAGAAAACCCAUGUAAUGCAAUAACAAAACACCUGACAAAAUCAAUUUUUGCAACAGGGCUUAAGAAAAUACAUUUUCCAAUAAAAAGGUUUUAUCUGGAAUCAAUUGAAAUUUAGUCUCAUUUUGCAGCUACUGUGUUGGAGACAUAAUCUUAUUGAUCAGGUGAUUAGCACAAGUGCAGUGGGAGGAUUCCCAUAACUGUGGAAUACAAGGCAGAAAGUGAUGUUAACCAGGCCUGCUUUAAAUGUGAAGGCUUUGCUUUAUUAAUAUGAGGGAAGAAAAGGUGGAUUAACAAAACAGAUACAUGUUUUGUUGCAGAAACUUCAUAAAUGGGUUCUUGAUUUUCCUUAUUUUCUAACUGAGUAGAAUGAAAUGCAAUUGAAUGAAUUCCAAAAUGUUACUUUUUUUCCAUAUUUGGAUUUUUCCUUACAUGUUUUUUUUAUAUAAUUUCCCACUGUUUGAAACUUUUUUUAAGUAAAUCUUUCAUGUUGUUCCUCUCUCCAAUAUUUUGGAUUUGUUGGUUUAUCUUUUUUUUCCUUUAGGGUUUUUGUAAACAAGAAAAUUGUGUUUUAUUGUGAAAAAACAUGUAUGUCAAACCAUAAAAAUGUACCUUUGUCCAAAUAAAAUGGAAAAAAAUAUAAAAUAACUGUUGGAUAUUGUGAACGUUUCUAGCUUAAAGUGCUGUGUGCUGUGUAUCAUUAAUGUAAAUCAUUUAUUCAAUAAAGUUUAAUUGAAAU